AUGGCAAGAAUCAAGGUUCAUGAGUUGAGACAGAAAUCAAAGGCAGAUCUUUUGGCUCAGUUGAAGGAUCUCAAAGCUGAGCUUGCUCUCCUUCGUGUUGCUAAGGUCACCGGCGGUGCUCCUAACAAGCUUUCCAAGAUCAAGGUGGUGAGGUUGUCCAUUGCACAGGUCUUGACUGUGAUUUCACAGAAGCAGAAGGCUGUGUUGAGGGAGGCUUACAAGAAGAAGAAGCUCUUGCCUCUUGAUCUGCGUCCAAAGAAGACCAGAGCCAUCCGCAGGAGGCUUACCAAGCAUCAGCUAUCAUUGAAAACUGAGCGUGAGAAGAAGAGGGAAAUGUACUUCCCAAUGAGAAAGUAUGCUAUUAAGGUGAGAGGAUGUGUGAAGAGUGAUGAAAAGCCAGUUCACGUGGCAUGUCAUGUUGGCAACGUGGAAGGUGAAGGUCUGAUUAUGGUGCUGCCUUCAGCAGAAGAAGGGCUUGCUAGGACAGUGAUGGUAACCUUGCCGGAGGAGGAGAUGCCUAAAUUAUGCGAGGAUCAAGCUAUCCAGCGUCUACAACCAACAAUGCUGAUAAGUGGUACUAGAUAG